GCAGCCGCCUGGUAGACACGAUGAGGGCUGCGCUUCUGCUGCUGCUGCUGUUUCUCACUGUCGUCUCUGUCAGCGCUGCUGGGGGAAAAAACAAAAAAGAGAAAAACAAACCCUCGCAGUCCGGGUCAGAAUGCACUGACUGGCGCUAUGGCAACUGUGUCCCUAGCAACGGGGACUGUGGAGCAGGGUUUAGGGACGGGUCAUGUGAACAGCAGAACAAGAAGAUGAAAUGUAGGGUACCGUGCAACUGGAAAAAAGAGUUUGGAGCUGACUGUAAGUAUCGGUUCGGCAGCUGGGGAGAGUGUAAUCCAAGCUCUGGCUCGCGGACCAGAACGGGGACAUUGAAGAAGGCUCUGUAUGAUUCACAGUGUGAACAGACUAUCUCUGUCUCUAAACCCUGCUCUGGAAAAACCAAGACGAAAACCAAAGGAAAGAAGAGAAAAGCCAAGGGAAACUAGUCUGUGGCCCCAACACUUCUACACUUAUAGCCUGAGUAUUAUACACCAGUUUGAAUGCACACUUCAUCUGACAUUACGUAUUCUUCUGGACUUUUUACAAAUUGUAAGUGUGCAUUCAUCUCUAGAUUAGGACUAAUAAAGUGAUCAUGACCAGUGAUGGCCAGUGUUCAAACUGAAUUUUUCAGACUGCAUUUUUAAGACCACCAAGCUAGAAAUUCCUUGAGAUAUUUCAAAAAAUGUAUUCUGUUAAGGUAUUCUCUUUCUCAAGCCAACACAUUCUCAUUUUAAUCUCUCACCAUAGUGACUUGUAGAUGAAAGGGAAUGUAGAAUAUAAGCGUUAUACAUUUGCCUAGGAACCACACAAGCCCCAAGUUAUUUUAUAAUAAUAAUACAAUACACAGACAGCAAGUGAAAGAUAAAGAAAGGUCUGACUAACUGAACAAAUGUUGACACUGACGCUGCUUUCCAUGGUUUGAAUAAAGUGAAGUUGAGAAUAAUCUCAAGACUAUGGUUUUUAUCACUUUAUAUUUAUAUCACGUUAUGUCAUUUAACUUAAUGUAUGCCUCCAUGAGUCCUUAGGAUGAUGGUGUACAUAAUAACAAAUAACAACCAUAAACAAUCUUACUUAAUGUUAGUGCAUUAUAAGCAUCUAUUAAGUGUCUUAUAUUAAAAGUUAGGUUUUAUCAACUUGUUAUUUUAGGCAUGACACUGCACAAUCAGAAUUCAAUCAUUCCACAUUAUAAAGCAUUUAAUAAUGGCUUUUUCCCAUAGUGUAUUAUAGUUUUUAUGGUUGUUUACAUACAGUAGUCAUUUUAGAUUGCCGUAUAAUGCAUUACAGUCAUGAACAAUGUGUACUAUAAUCUAAUACUCUCACCACCGUGUGACCCUUGCUGAAUCAAUGAUAUUACACUGUGAAAUGUGUGGAGAUGGGAUGGAUCUUUUCUCACUGUGUGGAGCUUUUGAUUCUGUUAGACUCAAAGUUUAUAACGCCCCCCGCGGACACAUAAUCCUUGACUUUAAUGUCAUGCUAUGUUAACAAGCCCUAAAAACCUGCAUUUGGAAAUAAAAUGUCGUGCAAUAAA